GUUUGUUGUAGUGUUAAAGUUAUAAUAAAUAAUAUAACAACUGCUGCAUUUGUGUUAAAUUCAAAAGACUUUGCAUUGUAUAGACUGUGUUUUUGUGUACAUCAAUUGCCACUUUAAGGUGUCGAUACCUUUCGACUGGGUUGAGUAAGUAAUCAAUAGAUGGCGCUGCUAUGGUAAAUCUACGAACGUGCUACAUUUUAACAGCAUAAUUACCACGUGUUGUUGACGCUAUAAAAAGAGAAUAUCAUAAGAACAAGAGCAGCAGGAGAACGAGACAUAGCCACAGUAGGAGCACAGGAACAAUAAUUUCAAUUUAUACAUUCAAAUGCCACCGAAAAAAUCGAACCUCAACAACGCGAGCAGCAAAGGGUCACGACGCAAACGUGUUGAAAGAGCUCAGCAAUAUCAAGUAAACUUUUGGUGAAAUGGGCAACCCGAAAAAGAAAAGGUUAACAACAUGUGCCAAGCGGAAAAGUAAAAGACAACUUGCCCGAAGACUCUGCAGAUACUUUUGGUGAAAUGGGCUCGAAACAUUUAGCACUCAGUAUCAAGCGAAAAAGUAGAAGACAAAUUGCUCGAAGACUCUGGAGGGCUCGAAUGGAAGCCUUACGACGACGACAGAAUCCCUCCCCACAAAACCCACAGGAGUUCCCAAUUACGAUCAAACAAGAACUGCUAGAAGUCGAAGACAUCAAAGAAGAAUUCUCAAUCCACGAAGAUCCUCUACAAGUCACACCAUUUGAGAAUCUUCCGAGUACCAGCACCCAAAACAAUGUUUCCGUUAAGGAAGAACCACUAAUUCAAGUGAAAGAACCCAGUUUUGACAGUGAUAGUGUGGAAGAACUACGUGCAGUGAGCCCAGUAAACCAAGAACAGUCGUUUCCAAAUCUACAUCUAGACCCUGUUGAUCUAAUGUUCCUUGACUUUGCGCGAAAAUUUAAAACCUUUUCGGCUACAAAACAGUUAUUUUUCAAGAAUAGGUUUUUCAAAAUGAUGGCCGAUGCAGAAAUGGAAGAAAGUAGUGGGACGCAAAAUGUUUGUGUGAAUGGUUUCUUGUAGGUAUGAUAAGACUGAAAAUUAU